UGCAGGUGAAGUCAGUGCAGCCUCUGUCUUAGAAACUUUCUUCGCUCUGCCGCUUGCUUUGGGGGUUGUCAGAUCUGCUGGAGACGGUCCCCGGGGAUGUCUUGCUGUGGCCAGUACCAGGUAUCUGAUGAAGGUAUAUCUCAUAGAGAAUGGCGACCACAGAUUUAUCGGAGAUGCACAGAUCUCCUAUGGCUCAUUAUCUUCUGUCUGUUUUGGGGUGGAAUGAUAUUUAUAGCUGGCUAUUCUGUGACAGUAGGUUCUGCAGAAAGACUCAUCUUUGGGUACGACAGCUUUGGAAACAUUUGUGGAAAGAAAAACUCUCCGAUUAAAGGUGCUUCAUUGUCGGGGCAAGACAUGACCACCAGGAAGCACGUAUUUUUUCUCAACACCUGCAAUUUGGACAUUAAGAAUCAUAAAAUAAAUUCAUUGUCUAUUUGUAUAUCUCGAUGUCCUCAAGAGCAGCUGAAUGAUCUAGAAGAGCUGAAACAUUUUGCUCAGUACAAUGGUUCCUAUUUGUGUGUGUACAGUUUAAACAUUUCCGACUACACCAAACCUUCAAAAGCAGCUCACCUCUGUCCCCAGUUACCAGUCCCUCCAAGCAAGUCAUUCCCACUCUUCAAUCGCUGUGUUCCUCAGAGCUCUGCCUGUUACUCUCAUUUUCUCACUGUCCUUAUUAACGUGGUCAAGGAAAGUGAUUUUUUCCAACGCAUCAUUGGUGGCGUUAUGGCGAACAAAGAAUACAUCGUGGGACUCUGCAUUUUCGCCGUAGUCCUCUCCUUCAUUAUGGUGGCACUCUUCCGAUUCAUCGUCACGUUAUUGGUUCAUAUCUUCAUCGCUCUGGUGGUUUUUGGAUUGCUGUUUGUGUCAGGUGUUCUGUGGUGGCUCUAUUAUGACAACAUGAAUGAUCCCAAUAUAGUCCUGGAAACGGAGAAGGAAAACACAAAAGCACUUCUGGGAUUUGCAAUUACUGCAACCGUCGUAUCGGUCAUUCUUGUUGUGCUGAUCUUGGUGAUGUGGAAGAGGAUCAGUUUGACUAUUCAGCUGUUUCGGGUUGCCAGUAGUCUACUCGGCAGUGUCCCUCUCUUGCUCUUCCAGCCAUUGUGGACCUUUAUCAUCCUCACGUUAUUCUGGAUGUACUGGGUGGCUGUUCUUCUAAGCCUGGGCACUGCAGGUAAUGUUCAUGUUACUGCAGACAAUCUGGUUGAGUACAGACCAUUGUCUGGCAUACGGUACAUGUGGUGGUACCAUGUAAUUGGACUGAUCUGGACCAGUGAAUUUCUCGUUGCAUGUCAGCAGAUAACAAUUGCGGGGGCUGUUGUGUGCUGCUACUUCAACAGGGACAAAAAGAAUCCACCCAGCCAUCCAAUCCUCACUUCUGUUUCAAGGCUCUUUAAUUACCAUCUGGGAACGGUUGUUAAAGGUUCACUUCUAAUCACUCUUGUCAGGAUUCCACGGAUUGUUCUGGUGUACAUUCACAGCAGUCUGAAGGGAAAGGAAGGUGCCUGUGCCAGAUGUCUGGUUAAAUGCUGUGCGUGCUGUCUCUGCUGUCUGGAAAAGUGGCUGCAAUUUUUAAACCAGAAUGCGUACAUCGCAACUGCAAUCAAUGGGACAAAUUUCUGCACCUCAGCCAAGGAAGCUUUCUUUCUAAUUGUAAACAAUGCGCUGAAUGUGGCAGCGAUCAACUGCUUUGGAGACUUUCUUCUGUUUCUUGGCAAAGUAUUUGUAGUGUGUUUCACAGUCUUUGGAGGCCUCAUGGCAUUUAACUACAAUCGUGAUCUGAAUGUUUGGGUAGUCCCACUUAUAAUGGUGUCCUUUUUUGCCUAUUUGAUGGCACACUGCUUCUUGUCUGUGUUUGAAAUGGUGGUGGAUGUCUUGUUCAUGUGUUAUGCUGUUGAUCUGGCAACAAACGAUGGGUCAACUGAAAAGCCUUACUUCAUGGACAAGGAGUUAAUGGAAUUUAUAGGCAAAAGCAAUCAAAAGUAUAAGAGGAUUGAUCGAAAUAACAAAGACAACCUGGAAAAUAAUCAAAAUGCAACACAACUACUGCCAAUGGGCACAAAUACAGCUUGAUGUGUCUUCAUUAAAUUGGGAAUCAACAUCUUCAUUUGCUGCAAGCUAAAUGGAGAACUCCUAUCAAUUGUCUGGUCAACACAGAUGUAUUUUGAUACAUUUUGAGCAACAAUUUUUUUUAGAAUGUUUUGUUGUUGAAUCUGUCAUCAGAUGCUAUAACAUCCAUAUUCCUUUCACAAACUGAACUGUAAGCUAUGCAGGGGCUAAUAUAAAACAGAAUUCCUUAUGUUCCCAGAUAACUCCCGAUGAUAUUAGCUCUAGGUUGGUUCCAAAUGUUUCUCCAACAUCCAUUUGCUGUCUUGUUAAACGAUCGGGGAGAGUUUCAAUGCUAACAUCUAUCUUCAGGGAAAAUGAAUAUACUGAAUGAAAAUGUUCUCUUUGAAGAAUAUUUUUAAAAUGUGUUGUUAAUUGAGCUAACAUAUCUAUGGAUUGAUUUCAAAUAUAGGGUAAGAAUGGCCUUGUGAUAUUAUCACUACGCUAUACUAUUAGAGACCGAGGUAAUGUUCUUGGAACUCGAGUUCAAAUCCAACUAUUGACAAUAAUAAUCUGGAAAUAAGUUUCAUGAUGAUCAUGAAAAACCCAUCUGGUUCACUAAUGUCCUUUAGGGAAAGAAAUCUGCCAUCCUUACCUGGACUGGUCCACAUGUGACUCCAGACCCACAGAAAUUGACUCCUAUCUGUCCUUUGGGAAAUUAGGAAUAGGCAAUAAAUUCUGGACCAGCUAGUGAUACCCACAUGCCAUGAAUGAAUAUAAAAAAGAACAUGGAUUAUCCUAUUAAAUACAUAAAUGCUUUCAUUACUCACUAUUUCAAAAAAAAUCCAAGAAAUAAGACUUCUGACUUCAAUGUUUAAAAAAGUUGUUUUGAAAGUUGUAAGAUUAACAUUGAAGUCUUUGUAUCUGUAAUAUAAUAUUGUAAUAAAAUAUUAACAUUACUUUCUGAUCCCUUCUAACCCUAUGAACAUCACCACUCUCCCACACCUCCUGGUCAGGUGAAUGCUCAAGUCUUGAAUCCCUGUUUGAGCUGUAGCAGCGCGCUUUUUUUUUGUCCUGUGUGAAGGGAGGAAAUACAUACAAAGGGUGGUAGAGGUUUAGAACUCUUUUCCACAAAUGGCUGUUGAUGCUAAAUCAGUGGUUAAUUUUAAAUCUGAGAUAUAUUUUUGUUAAGUAAGAGGUAUUAUGCGAAAUGGGCCAAAGGUAGGUAUACUGUUGGACUACAGAUCAGCCACAAUCUGUGAAUAGCAAAACAGACUCAAGGGGCUGAAUAGCCUAAUCCUGUUCUUACAUUUCCUAUGAGAUUAACAUGAAGAACUUGUAACAGCCUUGACCUGCUGUGCAAAAUGGUACGUCUGUACUGUGAAUUGUGUGUAAUUCAAACUUAAAGACACUAAUGUUAAAUUGACAUCAAACCUAUGUGCUUACUAGUCCUAAACAAGAAAGUAAUACAUUUGGUGAGAUGUAGACAUUAAAGAUUUUUCCACUUAUAA